AUGCUUAAAAACAGUUUUAAUUCAACCUCAAUGAUGAGAAAGAAAAUUUCCUCCAAGCUGGAAAAUAGAGAGGAAUUCGGAGCGAAGGAAAUAAUUACGAGGAAUGAUAAGGUGGAAUAUACAAUUAUGAAUAUUCAUGAUAGGAGGGCUGAUGAGGACAAUUUAAAAAAGAAUCAACGACAAUUGAAUGAAAUUCUUACAAGAACUUUAUAUGAGGCACAACGUAAUUUGAGUGAUUUGUCUAGUUUGACAAAGAAAAAGUUGGGUCCGAAGGCAUUACUCUAUCAACAACAAUCACUGGUGGAUGAUACUGAUCCAUUAUCUGCCUUGGGUGAUGUUGGAAACUUUGAUUCAGUUAGUGAGGAAGAUGGAAUCAAGACAGAUAAGCUUGAUGAACUCGGCUCGACAACAAUGUCAUCGAGCAUCAUGAAGAAGGCCAGUAAUAACAAGUUGAAUGCCAUGACCGAGAAUCUCAUGUUGAAUCAAUUAAUUGAUCUUGUCGAUCAGAAGAAGAGAGAAAAACAACAGGAAGGUAUCUUUGAUAAUUCUUUGAGGGAAAUCUUUUUGAGAACAAGAGGUCUCAUUGAAAACUUGUGGGAUGAAAUGAACAUUGAAGACUCUGAGAGAAGAGAUUUCUCCAGAAGAUUCUUCUACCCUGAAACGCUAAUUAACUAUGUUUCCAUCUUUAGAGAAAUUACGCGAUUGACUGGAGUAAGAUCCAUUCAACACGAUGUCUUAACGAGUUUGGAACAAAGAGAAGUCUACAUUAAGAGACUGAAAGAAAUUGCAAUGCAAUUCAACGGAUAUAGGGCUGGGGCAUCUUCACUCAUGGGUAGAUUGCAAGAUCCUAUGGUAAAGAAUGAAAUUCCGACCAUUGUCUCCAAUUUGAGAAAUGUAACAAUAGAACUUGUGGAAUCUAUUCUAUUGUGGAGAAGUCAACUUACGAAGAAAACUGUAUUUUUAUAUAACGGAGAGAAUUACAUGCUCAAGAUGAGAAAUGAUGUUGACUUUUUGAAACUUACAGAACUGGCUCCAUUAUUUGAAAUUGUUGGAAUUACAAUUGAUUCCAAUCCAUUACUAUUACCUGAUGAUGUAAGAGGAAAUAACAAUAUUUCAUUCGAUGAAUAUGUGAAUGAAAUCUUGAAUGAAGGUGAUGAGAAUAUCAAUAAGAGCCAAACCGCAUUGACUCUUGUGGAACACUAUCAAUCUAAGAGAGAUCACGACAAGAAACAAGCCAAUAGAUUUAAUGAAGACCAAAAUCUUCAAAACAUUCCUCGUGUUCUCAAAAUCAACUUGCCUUUCGCUUACAUGGAAAGAUUGAGAAGAUCAGACAAGUUCAUCUUCCAAGAAGAAUUGUACAUUAAACUAUUAGAAGAUAGAGCAAUGAGAGAUCAAGCAGCUACAAAAAUUCAAAGCCAGUGGAGAAGCUUCCUUGCCAGAAGAUACAUGAAGAGAUUGAAAAUGGAAACCAAGAAGGCUGCAGCUUACACGAAUUCGAAUAACUUCCUCAAUCAACAAAAGAAACAAACUUUGAGAAAUGAGGCAGUCAUCCGUAAUCUUCCAAAGAAAAUUGAAGCACUAACAACAAAGGAUUUGAUUGAGGAAUUGGAAAAGAAUAGAAAGGCCGAUGUUUUCCUUGAUUCUCUCAAUAUUUCAGGACGUUAUUCAACUUCCAUUUUCGAUUUUGAGUAG